GUUAACGUCCAGUUGCGCAUAGAGUCAGUCGUCCUCAACCAGAAAUAAUGGAUCAGCUGGAGGUUUAUCACUCAAAGUGAAGCCCAUCAAGUUGCUUGACGAUUUCUACAUUAUUAAUAUUCUUACAACUAUGUUACACUGGCGCAAUUGUUUUUUCUGUCUUGUCAAAGGCCUUGAUGAUCAUUCUCUCCUACUGGAUGUGAGAACCAGAUGAAACAGCCUCUUCCUGAUGGUGGAGAGCUUCAUAGAACAAUACCCUGCCAUCCAGGUUGCUUUGAGGGACCCACGCAUCAAGAAGGCUAUGGACAGAGACAGCAAGUGUGAGGACUUUGUGGACACCAUGAAGGUCCUUUACACAUCCACAAUUGCAGUGUCAUCUGAUAAGAGUGCCACUGCUGGGCAGAUCCUCCCCAUCCUGGACAAACUGAAGACCAAGUUUGAGGUGAAAGAUGAUGAUUCUGCAUUCAAGAGAGCCAUCAAGGAAAAGGUCUGGGCAGACCUCUCCCAUCCUUACUCAGUAUGUACUUAAUUAAUACUUUCAAUUGAUUGAUCAUUUUGUUAAUCAUCAACUUAAUGGUGCAAUUAUUCAUACUUAAAAUGCAUUAUCCAAAUGUUUAUGUUUAAUGUUGAUAGGAGGAAAAAAACAAAGAGCUUUGACAGUUCCUUGAGGAGGCUACUGCUCUUGAUCCUCGUUUCAAAGUAAAAGUUCAUGAUGAGGCUGUUUGGACCCGCAGAGAGAAUGCAGCUGUAGCCCUCUUAACCCUUUGGAGUUUUGCGCUAUUUGUUUGGUUUUUGACUCUUUUUCAUUCUGUCUCUAUAUGCAACUUAAAUAAUGAUCACCAUACCAUGCUAGUAUCAUCUUUUUCAGCACAACCUCACCUCAUUAUUAUUUUGUCAUUUUGACUUACUGGAUCAACAUUUUGAAACACAAAAAAACACACACAAAAAAAACAAAAAAACACAUUACGUACAAAAUUACGUAAAACACAAAUAAAAAAGACACAAAAAAUUAAAAAAAUUACUAAAAAACACAUAAAAACCACGAAAAAUUUUUAGAAAAACAAACAAAUAACACAAAAAAAUAACAAAAAACACACAAAAAAUACA